UCGAAACGUCAAUGUUUAACCUGAUUCUUUUUCAACACGUGAAGAAAACAAAAUAAAUUUUCAACAUUUGAAUACUGUGUACACAUCAAAGAAAUAUGAAAUAUGACUGACAUACCAUUAUCAACGUGCGAGAAAAAUUUCAUCAUAAAAUGCCUGUCCAAUAACAAACGCUUGGAUGGUCGUGCAUUUACCGAGUUUCGAAACAUCAACAUACACUUUGGCGUUGAAUGGGGAUGUGCUUUGGUUUCAUUGGGCGAGACCAAGGUUUUGGCUCAAGUAUCAUGCGAAAUUACACAACCACGAGCAACACGUCCAUCGGAAGGUAUUUUAUAUGUGAAUAUUAAUAGUGGCCAAGAUAAACGAAAUGCAGAGCAUAUUGUUUUGCUGACAAGAAAUUUGGAACGUGCUUUGAAGGAGUCACGAUGCGUAGAUCUCGAAUCGUUGUGCAUUAAGGCAGAGGAAAAAGUAUGGAGAAUUAGAGUCGAUUUGAAUAUUUUAAAUCACGAAGGAAAUUUGAUAGACUGUGCUUCAGUUGCUGCUUUAGCUUCAUUGGCUCAUUUCAAACGUCCAGACGUAACAAUAACCGGCGAAGAAAUUCAAAUUCAUUCUCACAACGAACGCGAUCCCAUACCGAUCGUAUUACAUCAUCACCCGGUUUGUGUAUCAUACGCUAUUUAUGAAAAUGGUGCCAUUGCCAUUGCUGAUCCAUCGUUGCUGGAGGAACGACGAUCUGAGGCGACCGUUGUAUUUGGUAUAAAUUCAUAUCGUGAAUUAUGCGGACUGCAUUUCGGUGGCAUAACAUUGGCGAGUUUGGAGCUCUUAAUUAAAUGUGCGAAUCAAGGUGCGAAACGAGCAAAUGCUGUGGUCAAGCAAAUCAAAGCUGCCAUUGAAGCUGAUGAAAAACGUCGUGCAAAUGGCGAACCGGUUGGUUUUAUGCAUUGCUUACAAUCCGAUCGUUUUGAUUCAUACAAAGAGAGUCGACUAUUAUUGCGAUUGCCAAAAUUCCAAUUGAACACCAACGAAGAAAUGGAAGUUGAGCUUGAAGAAAUGAAAAAAGAACAAGCCAGAAUACAAUCAUUAGGUAAAAAUUCAGCCGUUCUUAUGCCAAUCGAUGAAUCGUCAAGCGAUGACGAAUUUGCUGAUCAGUGGAUACCCAAUUUGGACGGUGAUGAACCGGAGGAAGAGCAAACACCCGUAUCACCGCCAAAACCAACGACCGACCAAAAGAAGAAAAAGAAAAAUAAGAAAAAAUCCAAGCAAACAGCUUCUUCUACCGUGACGGUCGAGUCCGAAGACAGUGAAGAAGAAGAAACAAUGGUUUUGGAACAAAUAACAUAAGUAAAAAUGCCAGUGUAUGUUUUUAAUUCGUUAAGAUAAAAUUCAUCCGUUAUUUUCUCUUUUUUUUUCAUUUUUCUUGAAAUAAAUUACAAAUUCCGAAACGUAA